AUGGAACGCUAUCCAGAAAUGGAAAACGACGACGCGGUGGAUGACCGUCCGAUGUUCACAGCCGAAGAACUGGAAAAGAUCGCACAAGCCAGACAACAGCCGAACUCGGUGGUGACGACCCGUCCACCCUCCCUGGGUUAUACUUCGAUUGCUUGUAUCAUCGUCAACCGGAUGGUGGGCACGGGAAUAUUCAGGACACCCACCACAGUCGCCCACGGCACCCACUCCGUGGGCUACAGCCUCGUCUUCUGGGCUGCCGGGGCCAUCGUCGCCGUCGCCGGGGUUUUGGUCUUUGCAGAAUUCGGCAUGACGGUCCCCCGAUUGCCCGUCGAGGAUGAGACCGAGAAACAGUCGGUGCCUCGAAACGGAGGCGAGAAGAACUAUCUCGAAUACAUGGUCAAGCGCCCCCUCUACCUCGCCACCUGCAUCUACGGCAUCCCCUUCAUCUGCCUGGGCACCGCAGCCGGCAACGCCAUCAUCUUCGCCGAGAACAUCAUGCUGGCGUCGGGCAAGGAGGCCAUGAACGGCUCGGUGCGGGGCAUCGCCAUCGGCGUUGUGACGUUCGCCUGUCUGCUGCACGCCAUAUCACGGACGGGAGGUGUGUGGCUCAACAACUUCUUUGGCACGGUCAAGUUCUUGAUGCUUUUGGUGUUGUUCGUCCUCGGCGUGGUGUACGCCGGCGGCGGCCUGGGCGGGAAUGACGAGACUGCGGCGGAUAACUUGAGCGUGCACCACUCCUUUGCUGGCGCCGCGACGUCGUCGUACGGCUACGCCGAGGCGUUUUUGGGUAUCAUCUUUGCGAUUGGGGGGUUCAACCAGGCCAACUACGUCCUGGGCGACAUUGACGAUCCCAAAAAGAAGUUCAAGCACACGGCCGUCACCACGGUCAGCGUCGUCAGCCUCCUGUACAUUUUGAUCAACAUCUCCUAUAUGCUGGUCGUGCCCGCCUCGGUCCUCUUCAGUCGCGCCGACGACACCGUGGCCCGGCCCUUCUUCCAACGCAUCUUCGGGGAAGAAGCUGCCGACAAGGCCCUUUGUGGAUUCCUCGCGUUCUCGAGCUUCGGCAAUAUCAUCGUGCAGACCUUCACGGCGGCACGGGUGAAACAGGAGAUCGCCAAAGAGGGCAUUCUGCCGUGGGCCAGGUUCUUCGCCAACAACUACUCGCUGUGGCCGCGGCACCGGCGUAACAACAACAACGACAACAGCAACAACAACACAGAAAGGUCCGACGACACCCCCGCCGGCGCGCUGAUCCUGCACCUCGUCUUCGCCGUGCUGCUGAUCGCCCUGACCGUGCCGGAGCACAACCCCAACGACGCCUACCGCACCAUGGUCAACCUAUACUCGUUCACGAUCGACGCGCUGUUCGGGUUCCUCGUGGGCCUGAGCCUGCUGGUGCUGCGCCUGCGGCCGGGAUUCCACUGGGCGAGCAAGUCCAAGUCGAACGCGUGGGUGAGCCUGUCGGCGGCGCUGAUCUUCACCGUCGCCAACGCGUUUCCCCUGGUGGCCGUCUGGAUCCCGCCUUCGGGCGACACGGGCAUCACCCAGCCGGUCAAGUGGUUCUUGACCGGCACCAUCGGCAUGGGCCUGAUCGGGUUUUCCGUGCUGUACUGGCUCGUCUUCUCCUUCGUCGUGCCGCGCCUCAAGGGCAAGCAACUCGAGGUGGAGCGCGAGGAGAUUUUGGACGACGGCAACGGGUACUGGAUCAUGUGGCACGAAAUUGUCCGCUUCAAUUGGCGGGUGGCAUGA